AGCAGAACUCGUGCCUCGUCGUGAAGUCCUUUGUCGUUUUGUGAUGGGCUUUAUCUGCAGCUCCCAGCCGUCCUCCUCUGAUUCCAAAGGGAACUGAACGCUGCCAAUCGGAAGAAAUGUCGAACGUGUUGCGUUCAGGAAAUCAACAGAUACUGUAGAAUCAUCGUUCCACGUGGUAGACAAACCCACGAGCUUCCGGAAAUUGAACUGGUCUUGAGCCGAUGUCGAUAACAAAUCAAGGGCAUUACCGUCAUAUUUUGCCAACUUUUUCCCCGCAUUCCACGCCGGACAAAAAGGGCUGACAUGGCUCUGCAACUGGUUGCGCAAUUCUGGUUGAUGGAAAGGAUAGAAAAAGUUGAUGGGCUGGAACAUGCCUGGGGUCUUCAGCGCGGCGAUAUCAACGCGUAUUUUGCGACGGACGAUAACACUUUGUGGUUGGAUUAUUCCUUGCUCUAUUCGUUCAAAGAGUCUCAUUGGCUCUUGGCUCCCACGGGAGAAACUCUUGACCGUAUCGUCGACUGCUACGAUCACAACCUCGAGCGGAAUGCUCCUAGUCGCAUAUGCUCUGGUGCCACUCAAGUACGAAGGGAGCCGGCCAGGAGGCUUUGGCCGAAAGCUGCCCGAAAGUCAUCGCGAUUUACCAGAGUUUGCUUCAGAGAGAUCGGAUUCCCGCGUUCCCGCACUCGCUACAUCCUCUGCGUCCUCUUCCUCUGAAUGCGUCAAACCUUUCAAACGCAGAAAAAAGGAUCUGUCUGAAGAAGAGGAUCAGUAUCAGUAUAAGGGCGUAAUUCUGCGAAUGUAUUCAAGUCGAUGCAGGAUACAAAACCAUCAGAAUUUGUAUUUGAUACUGGAAACGACCAGGAGAUUGGAA